AGGAAAGAUACAUGGCCAUGUACUCUACAAAUAGUAUUAUCUUGCUAGCAUUUGUUAUUUGCUUGUUGUCUCACCGUCACUUGACCCAUGGCCUUGUUCAAGAUCAUUUCAAUGUGGAGGGUCAGGUUUAUUGUGACACAUGUCGUGUUCAAUUCAUAACCAAGGCUACAUACUACAUUAAAGGUGCGAAGGUGCGAUUAGAGUGUAAGAACAAAGAAACCAAUGCGAUAGCGUUUAGUGCAGAAGCAGAAACAGACCACAGUGGAAAAUAUCAAAUAGAGGUUCAGGGAGAGCAUGAGGAUUGCCGGGUGAUACCAAUAUCAUCACCAGAUUCAGAGUGCAAUGAGAUAAGCAAAGACCCUUUUUUGAAGAAAUCUGAUAAAAUUGCACUCACCCACCAAAAUGGCAUUAGUAGCAAUACUCGCACUGCCAAUCCUAUUGGGUUUUUGAAGAAAGUUAUUCUUCCUCAGUGUUCUAAGAUCGUCAGACAAAUAAAAUUCACUGCCACUGGCCUUGUGCCUUGAAAAUUUUAAUUAAAAUAGGAAGAAGGGAAUUGGAUUUGGGUUUUUAUUCAAAAUUUGAUUAAUACAAAUAUCAUUGCGUUAAGUUCUGUGGAAGUUGUUUAUUUUGAUUUUUGGCAGUAACCCAUUUGAG